GAUAAACCAUAACAAAUUAUUUUAUCUGACAGCGUUUCGCUUCGGUUGAUUUAAUGUCGUUGAUAUAAAUAUCGUAAUAAUUUGAAGUUCUACCUCACUCGUCUUCGAGCCACAACAAGAUGAUUGUCGCCGCUUUCUUUGCUUUUUUCAUCGCAACAGCUUCGGCUGCCUCUAACCCCCAGCGAAUUAUGGGUGGUCAACUGACAACUAUUGAUCAGUACCCAUCCAUCGCUACCCUGUUGUACUCUGAAAACUUAAUCUCAUUCUUUCAACGUUGUGGCGGUAUCAUCAUAAACAACCGGGCUAUUCUCUCUGCUGCUCACUGCUUCUAUGGAGAUCGCCCGAUCAACAGAUGGCGUAUCCGUGUCGGGUCUUCUUUCGCACACAGUGGUGGUGUUAUGCACGCUCCUAACAAUGUCAUCAUGCACCCUGAUUUCAACUACUCAACCCUGGACAGUGAUAUCUGCAUCGUCCACUCUCCAUCUGCCUUCACUUUCAACAACAAUGUUCAACCUGCCUCCAUCGCUGGUUCCAACUACAAUGUUGGUGACUACCAACCUGUCUGGGCUGCCGGUUGGGGCUCACAAUUUGACGGUGGACCAGGUUCCGAGCAGCUCCGUCACGUGAUGGUCCUGACUGUUAACCAAGACAUCUGCAGAUCCAACUACGGUCUCGUCUUCAUCCAAAUCACCCAAAACAUGUUGUGCUCUGGCUGGCCCGUUGGCGGUCGCGACCAGUGCAAUGGUGACUCUGGUGGUCCUCUCUACCACAACGGCGUCGUUGUUGGUGUCUGCUCCUUCGGUCUUGGAUGUGGUCUUGACUCCCUGCACGGUGUCAACGUUCGCGUAUCUCGAUUCUCCUCCUGGAUUGCCGCUAAUGCAUAAGAUGCUGUAAACGAUUUCUCUCAAUAAAAUAAGUUCAAACGUA